AUGGGUGACGAGAAGAAAUUGGAGGAAAAAUUGAUCAGCUUCGAUAAUUGGGUGACGGACCUGGUCGAUCUUGUUCCGGCUUCUGUUUAUAUCCCCACUGAUUAUGCCGAAAAAGCGAAGAAUGAAGGAAUUUCCAAGGCUGAAAAGCGACGACUCCGACUGAAUCCAGAUACGGCCUUGACUACGAGCAUGAAGCUUCUACAAUGUAUGGCUGCAGAUGCACCGACGGAACAAAGCGCACCAAGAUCAACUGAAAACGACGCUUUGAGGCCGUCAGACUUGAAGGAGAAGUUCGCGGAGAAAAUGGCGGAAAUCAGAGCGAACCAAAAACGAGAUCUGCCGAAGACGCCGAGAACUGAAGAGGAACAACGAAUCGUCAGUGAAAAACGAAAAGCAGAAAGAGAACGAAAAAAGGCAAAGAAGCAAAAACUCAAAACAAAAGUUAAAGAAAUCGCGGCGGCUGAUCAGCAGCGCGGAAGCCAGAGCCCGAGAAAAGAACCAGUUGAAAAUGGAAAAGUCAUUUUCAACAAAUUUGAUCUCAUCAAAGAUCCUCUUGAAGCGGAAAAAGAGAAGCAAAAGAAAAAGAAGAGUCUGCAAACUCGCCUCAAAGAGGCGGAAAUCAAAGAAGCCAGACUGGAACAGCUAGAGGAAACGAAUCCUGAAAAGGCCGAAGCUUUGAGAGAAAAGGCAAAGUGGAAGAAUGCGAUGACGAGAAUGAAAGGAGAAAAGGUUAAAGAUGAUGCAAAUCUGUUGAAACGAAGUCUCAAACGAGUCGAGAAAAAGAAAGAAAAGUCAAAGACCAAGUGGGCGCAGAGAACCGAGCAGCUGCAGGAGAAAAUGAAGGCCAAGCAAGACAAACGAAAGGCUAAUUUAAAGGAACGAAGCGCGAAGAAGAAAGGCGGUGCUCAAAAGAAAAAAGGAGGCGGUGGUAAAAGAAAGACUCCCGGAUUUUAA